AUGCGAUACAUCCAUGGGACAGUCAAAUGUGGGGAGGAGAAGCCUCACUGCAGUCGAUGCACCCGCUUGGGCGUGAAAUGUCCCGGUUACGCCCAGUCUCUGCGCUGGGUGACCAAGUAUCCAUCCGCUCCUGAGGAAUACGAUAGCAAUGCUCAACUGAAUAGGUCACCGCUGGGCUCCGAUCAUUCGCCAGCUCCGGGACCGUCGACCGCCUCCCCCCGACCAUCGCAAUUCCCCGAUGCCGUAGUGGAGUCCCCAUUGGUCAAGGGCGAUGCGAGCCAGACAACCACACACGAGAAUCCGGAUCCAAAGGGAUUGGGAUUAGACGAAAGCAAUGCAUUGAGUGACAGUUUAUGGGGUCUCCCAGAACCGGGUUCUCUCCCAGAAUUAGCAGAUUUGGGGCCCUCACCAUCUUCAGCAUCAGCCUCGGUGGUUGGACACGAGCGAGCGAGCUCGAUAUUUGAUCUUGAUACCCCAAAUGAACCGGGAAACCCAUUGAAUUUGUUUUCUGCGAGAGCGCCUGAAUCUCACCAUGAGCUGCCCAAUUUUUUCGGCUUCUCUCCAUCGGCCAUCGUGCGGAAAUACCCUCCAUCAAACUCACAGCCACCCCAGCGCGACCUCACGUCAAUCCCACCGCCAUUGAAUAACCCGUCCUGGACCCUCAUUGAGUACUAUUUUAAAGAGGUAGCAGCUUUAUUCUCAAGCUAUGACAGUCAAAUGAACCCUUUUCGGUCGACUGUGUCCCGCCUUUGGGGCUCCUCGUUGGCCAUGUGUAAGACCAUGCAGAGUAUGGCAGCGGCCACGCUGGUGAAUGAUUUCCCGCAGUUUGGCCCAUUGGGACGUAAGCUACGUAAUGAGGCUGUCGAUAUCAUUGCAAAAGAGACUGUCUUAGAUGAUAAGUCCGUAUUGGCUUUACUCAUGCUCGGCCAGACGGCCAGCUGGCACGAUUCCAAAGAUCUAGGGAUCUCAUUCUUCAAUCUACUGCGGAAUCACCUUGAGACCAAGCCCUUGGAGAUCGCCAACUCAGAGCGUGGCAAUAAUCAUCAGUUCUUCCAGGAGGCUCUGGUAUACUGGGAAAUGCUCCUGUCGUUUGUUGCAGAUGACACAGCAGUCCUAUCCGGCAAUACAGCUGCAGACCCAGGCGGGCCGCUGGUCUUGCAGCGGAUACCACAUCCAUGGACUGGAAUCGCCCGCGAUACCCAGUUUACUGUGCAGGAAGUAGGAAGAGUCGUGCGUUGCGAGAGAAAACGCAUCCGUGCCAGAGCAUUUACCUCGCAGGCUGAUAUCGCCCAGGCCCAGAAAGCCAUUGAGAAAGCGCGAGAAUUAGAAGAACGACUCCUCGAAUUGGCACAUCCGGCUGAAGCCGAAAUAGUUAGCCCCGGAGAUGACGAGACUCCGGUGUGGCACCUGUUAACCAUGGCGGAGGUGUAUCGCUGUACAGGCCUCAUGCAAUUGUAUCGCGUCUUCCCAGACCUCCUUUACCGUCGACUAGGCUCGCAGCACCCUUCUUCCCAAUCCUACAAUCAACAACCAAGUGCAACCCCCCGCGAUCCAUUCCUAUCCGUAGACACGGCCCCAGACCUGAUCAACUCAGCCUGGUUCGAGCCUAUGUAUCUGCGACCCGAAAGCAACCAGCCAGACGACCCGAAAACUCUCCCAGACACCUACUACGACAGCUGGCUAACAGAGUUCGCUCUGACCACUCUCUCCCGUCUAAAGACAAUCCCCAUUGAAUCUCGCACCCGAUGUCUCCAGCCGUUCUUGCUCGUCGCCUCCAGCAGCGAGCUCCGCCUCCCCCGCUCAGAAGUUUCACUCGACAGCAGCGGGCCAAAUAUCUCCUCGCAUGCCAUCGAAGUAUCUCGUACGCGUCAGUUCGUCCUCGGACGACUCACUUCGUUUCAGCAUGUGCUCCCCCCGAAACCGAUCGAUGUCUGCUUGCAACUCGUGAAGGAAGUCUGGAAACGGAUGGACGCAGGGGAGUCAAAUCUGUACUGGAUGGAUGUGAUGAUCGAGAAAGGUUGGGAGACGACAAUGGGCUAA